UUUGACUGCUGCGUGAUGACGACAUCAACUAGCGUCUCCGCUACUUUCAAAAUAGUAACAAUGGGUUCGAAAUACUUCCUAAUAAACGUGUUAGGAACAUAUAAACAUAGUAAAAUAAGUUAGCCAUUAAGUAAGUCCCCUUUUAAGAAACUUCGGAGGCUGAACUUCAAGAAGAAGGCAGGAACUUUGACCCACAUGACUGCCAUUGUCCAAUGGGAACUCAACUCACAUCUCUCUGUGGAUCUUCUCAAUUUUGGACCAGCAGCAAACAAUGCAAAAGGAGAGCUGUGAACCCUCCCGAUCCCACCUUUCAACUCCCUAACCACUUAAAGAUGGAGCAGCAUACUCAUUGUUUGACCUGCCUGAGUCAGAGGUGCAUGACUAGGCCUGAACCUGGUAUCUCAUGUGACCUAGUCACCUGCCCCCUGGUAUGUGGAGCUAUUUUCCACACCUGCAAAGGUUUUGAGCACCGCCUUCUCUGUCCCUUGGAGAGGGUCCCUUGCCUCAACAGUGGUUUUGGCUGCCCUGCCACCCUGGUGCGGAAUCGAAUGCAUGCACACCUGGAGGUCUGCCCAGCUGGUGUUGUGUGCUGCACUAUGGAGUGGAACAGGUGGCCGAUCAGCUGCCUGGACUACACAUCGUAUGAGAGCCUGAGCUGGGGGGUUGAGGAGACGGAGCAGCUGGACAUGGCACUGGCCCUGCAAGACCAGCACACACUGAUUGAAUCCCUCAAGGUAGUUGCCAUGGCCCCUACGGUUGAGAGACAGUUACCGGUUGCUGCGGCAGAGAGUGAGGUGGUGGUGAACGACCCUGUAGCUGCCACUUCUGAGCCGUUGCAGACAGAGUUUCCACCCUUGUCGACUUCAUCACUGGCGCUGCUGGAUGCCCCGCCUCCGGCGCUGCUGGAUGCCCCGUCUUGUCCACUGGUCUUAGCAAAGGAUAAAAUUGCUAAUGGAAUAAACGGUUUGAAAGAAGAACGGUAUAGCAAGCUGUACGAGGCCACAGUAGAGACGGCAAGGAGCCUUGCAGCAGCGUUGGAUGUCCUCAGCAGUGCCAAAAGUGGUUCCGAAAACGUCACAGGUCAACACAUUAAAAUCAAUGGAGGAGCAGUGCCGGAAUAUCAGGAUGGAGAGAGCUUCAGUGACAGGAACGAUGAGCCCCUACUUCAAAACAUUAUGGAAGUCAAAGGUCCUGUAGCUGAGGGUGCGGACGUAAAGGAGUGCUUUGGUCAACUGCAUCAACUCCACCAGGCUACAGUCCAACUUAGAAAGAGCCUGGUCACAGCCCUGGGUGACCUUGGCAACACGGUCAAAUACUCAGACCCAAUCAGUGGAGUCCCCUCUCACCCACAGAUGGAGCCUAAUGGCACUUCCAUCCAAUCAGAAGCGCUAGACUCAAGAAAUGUUGAGAGAAAACCUGCCGACGUAGGGUCAUCAUUUGCUGAGCUCAGUGCUGUCUGCGGAACAGACAGUGAGGCCACAAUGGAUGAAGUGGCUAAUGUUGAUGCACAGAUGGGUCUUUCAGGUUGCUCCGUGAUGCGGGUUGAGGGAAUUGGUGAACAGAGCUUAUUUAAUAGUUUGAUCGGGAAAAGCUCCCAUAAGAGGCCAGGGGAGCAGGCCUUCGGUUCAGAUUCCAUUGACCAGCAAAUACCUGGUGCCAGCUGGUGUUCCAGUGCAGUAACCUGCCCAAUCAAUGUGCUAGAUGACUUGAGUUCUCCGCCUGUUCCUCACAGGCCCGCUGGUCCUCAAUCACAACAGCCUCAACCUCACCCAGACCCUCCGCUAGCACUGCCCCUCCAUAUCCACCAAGGCAUCACACACAGGGCCACCCAUGUGGUCCUAGAGGACAGAGGACUGCAGAGAAAGUUUCCCAACCACCAGUUGCUUGGAGGCCUGGGACCGUUUGCUCUGUCCAAUGGACGGAGAGUUCGUGUUAGGUUUAGACCCAAAAUGGUGGAUAAAUCGGUGGAUACGUCAGACUUGGAACAGGAGGAGGAUCCCAUGGGUCUUGGGGAGAUAGACCUGAUCACCGCAGCCCUCCUCUUCUGUUUGGAAGAGUCCCGCAAGUGCCGCAGGAUCUCCGACACCACCUAUGUGGACGGCUUCCACGUGGACUUCGGCACACAGACCUUCACCUUCCCGGCGGCCAUCCUGGUGACUAGCACAAGGGUUGGUGAUGUGGCUUCGGCAGCUGCCUGCGACCAUGCACCGCAACUCUCCUACCCCAGUCCCUUCCGCACCCUUCGCUUGGACCUGGUUCUAGAAGAGGUCCCACAGAUCCGGAGCAUCCCUUGCAAUCGGCUCCAGCAAAUGUUUUCCUUUGUUUGUGGCCAGCUGUUUCGUAGAGAUGAGUACUCUUCCCACUUCAAGAACGUCCACGAGGACAUCCACGCUGGUCUCAACGGCUGGAUGGAGCAUCGCUGUCCCCUGGCCUAUUAUGGCUGCACCUACUCCCAGCGCCGGUUCUGCCCCUCAACCCAGGGGUCGAAGGUAAUCCAUGAUCGGAACCUUAGGUCAUUUGGGGUACAGCCAUGCCCUGUUGAAGGGGAAGCGUUGAGACAGCCCCAAGCAGACCAGUUAAGUGGGCUUCCCUUUGAGGUGCUGCAGCACAUGGCUCGAUUUCUGGACGGUUUCAGUUUAUGCCAGCUGUCUGUUGUUUCGCGGACCAUGAGGGACGUGUGUGCUAGCCUCCUGCAGUCCCGGGGAAUAGUGGAACUACGGUGGGAGCGAAGGCAGUACCCAAACGGAACCUUCUCUUGGCAGAUCAAAGAUAGGGUGUGGAGAUUCAGCACUGCCUUUAGCUCUGUUAGUGAGUGGCGAUUCACCGAAGUUUCCAGCAUGUCUGACCACCUGAGAAAGUGCCGCUACAACACAAUUGAACGCAAGAUGGAGGCUGUUCCACUGCCGUCCAUGUGCACAGCCAGAGACAGAUCCCUCCUCUCUGUCUUGAAACUCCAGGAGCAACACAGGACCUAACCAAUACCUCAACUCAAUAGUUACACUGUCACUGUGUAGUUAAAUGUAUUUUUAUAUAGAAAAAGACUGUGUUUUAAGGCUGUUGAAGGAUAAGAGCCUUAAUGUAUAUGAAAUAACUCUUGACCUACUCAACACCCUCUUCCAAUAGGGUUCUUGACCUGCAGUGUAUCCAUAGAAAGCGUAAUUAAGUACUGUCUAACAAUUUACCUUGCAUGGUUUGGUGGUGUUUGAAUCUGUUUUGGCAAUAUGGUUUACUUGGUAAAGUUUUAUUUUCGUACUUAUCUGUGUUUCUGUAAAGACAAUGAAAUUGAAAUAUUUCCACUGUGGCUUGCCUUUCAGGACAACCCACAGGUUGAGCAAAUUGUUUGACAUAUUGUACCAUUUUUGCACAACAAUAUUUAUAGCACUUUAAUGAAAUUUGCAGGGUCCUGGUCACCCAUAUGGGUCAAUAUGUGGAAAUGAUAAAGACUUACAAGUCUAGUCUGCUCUCUGGGUGGGUUGGACCAGGAAGGGACCACGAUACACAAACCAAAACAAAUGGAGUACCAUAAGGUUACAUUGGAGAUGUCCCAACAAUGCAUGUGAUUUUGUUGCUGUUUAAUAAAAAUCAUCUUUAAUA